AUGUCAGGGCUGAUCUGUGUGACUCAGCAGGAUGAGUCUCUGAGGUCAGGUGACAGCAAGCACGAUCACAGAUGUACUGUCCUUGUGCACGAGCUCCCAAGGUGCCUCCUUCCAGAGCCAGCUGAUGGCCCCUCCCUCGGGCUUUCGCCUUCACAACUGAGCACUGUCACCCUCGAGGACCUGGAGCUUCUCUUAACAGAAGGCCUAGCCAGUCAUGAGCCCUUGAGUACCGAAAGCUUGGAGAAACAUGAGUGCAGUGGCCUGGCGUCCAACUCCUUGGUCCCUGAACAGGACACCCCUAAGCAGUGGAAACAGCUGGAGCAGUGGGUAGCUGAGCUGCAGGCUGAGGUGGUUCGCCUGAGGGGACACAAGGAGCGCUGUGAGCAUGCCACAUUGGGCCUGCUUCGAGAGCUGUUGCAGGUCCAUGCCCAAGUGCAGAUGCAGGCCUCAGAGCUGCGCCAGCUGAGGCAAGAGGUGCAGCAGGCAGCCUGGAGCCCAGAGAAGGAGGAACUAGAGUUGUCUGGGCCCCAGAGCCAGGACCAGAUGCAAGCCCUGGAUAAAAGACUUGUGGAGGUCCGAGAGGCUUUGACACACAUCAGGAGGAAACAGGCUCUACAGGACUCAGAGCGGAGACAUGCUGAGCAGGAGAUAAACCUCAGGCUGACCAACCUGACUGCCAUGCUGAGCCAAGAGGAGCAGGGCCGAGAAGCAGCCUGCAGCGCAUUGCAGAAAAACCAAGAGGACACCAGCCAGAAGGUGGACCUUGAGUUGGCCAAGAUGCAGGCCCAGAUGAUGAAACUCAACGAGGAGAUAAGCCUCCGCUUCCUCAAGAGAGAGGCUAAACUAUGUGGUUUUCUGCAGAAGACUUUCAUGGUCUUGGAGCAGAGAAUGAAAUCCUCUGAGACCGCACGGCUGUCGGCAGAAAGCAGCCUGCGAGAGGAACUGGAAACCCGCUGGCAGAAGCUGCAUGAGCUGACGGAGGAGAGCUUACGGGUCUUGCGGGCACAGCGUGAGGAAGAGGAGGGUCACCUGCUGGAGCAGUGCCGGGGCCUAGACAAAGCUGUGGUCUAUCUGACCAAGUUUGUGCAACAGAACCAGGUGUCACUGAAUCGAGUCCUGAUGGCUGAGCAGAAGGCCCGGGAGGCCAAGGUGAGCUUGGAGGAGACCCAGGCUGAGGAGUUGGCUUCAUAUGUCCAUGAGAACCUGGAGGCUGUGCAGAUGGCUGGCAAGCUAGCCCAGCAGGAAACACAGGAUGCACUGGAGCUGCUCCAAGAGAAGAGCCAGGUCCUAGAGGGGUCAGUGGCAGGGCUGGACCAGCAGCUAAAGGACCUGAGUGACCACUGCCUAGCUCUGAGUUGGAGGCUAGAUCUGCAGGAGCAAACACUAGGCCUGAAGCUGUUCCAGGCACAGGCCGCAUGGGAAGGUGUGGAGAGGGAGUCCCUGCAGGACCUGGCCCAGUGGCUGACAGAAGUCUCAGCUCACUUGCAGGAGGUGCAGGAGAGAGUGAGCAGCCUCCCCCAGCAGAUAGAAAGUGUCUCCAACAAGUGCGUUCUUUACAAGAGUGAUGUGGAUGUGAAGAUCUCUGCUGAGGGCAAGGCCAGGGAGUUUGAGGUUGAGACUGUGCGACAGGAGCUGGCUGCCCUGCUGAUGUCUGUGCAGCUUCUGAAAGAGGAGAACCCUGGACGGAAGAUUGCGGAGAUCCAGGGCCAGCUGGCCACGUUUCAGAAGCAAAUGAUAAAGUUGGAGAACAGCCUCCAGGCCAACAAAACCAUCCAGAACCUGAAGUUUAAUAAUGAGACCAAGCUGCGCACAGAGGAGAUUGCCACCCUGCGCGAGAGCAUGCUGCAUCUGUGGAGUGAGGAGGGUCCCUGGCCUCUGACACUGGGCAGCAAGCGAGUAUUCAUGUCCCUGGUCAGGCAGCGGUUCUUCAUCAAGGACGUAGCCCUUGGCGAGCUGGUCCCUGUGAACUCCUGGGGAGUGUACCAAGCUGUGAGGUGGCUUCAUUGGAAGACAGUCCUCUUGAACUUGGUGACCCAGAAAAGGCCAGGAGUGAACUCGGCAAUGACCCAGUGUAGGCCUGUCGAGGUCACCUCUCUGACUAUGUUCCAGAAAUAA